GUCACAUCACGUGAACAAUUUUGCCCCAGUUAAAUUUUGAAAUAAAUUUUUGAUUCAAAUGGAACUACUUUCUUCAAACUUCCAAUUACGAAUAAUAUACAAACGAUAUGGCUAUAUCGAUAAUUGGGAAACUCAAUGGCGUAUCCAGGAUAGCAGUGAGGUUAUUCUCAGUUGCAAGUAGUCGAUUUAAUCAAAUCCAGACGUUCAAAGUAGCCGUGGUCGGAACCGGACCAGGGGGAUUUUAUACUGCUCAUCAUUUAUUAAACAAGAGUUCACCAGAUAUACGGUUUGAAUUAGACUUUUUUGAAAGAUUACCAGCUCCACAUGGACUUAGUCGAUAUGGAGUUGCUCCAGAUCAUCCUGAAGUUAAGAAUUGUGAAGAAUAUCUCGAUAAUAUCUUCUCAUCAACCAAGUCAAAUCAUAAAGUUCGAUUCUUUGGAAAUGUCGAUAUUGGGAAGGAUAUCAGUUUGAAUGAUUUACAAUCUCAUUAUAAUUCCAUUGUUUUGUCUUAUGGAUGUACUAGUUCAGAUAAUGAAUUAAAUAUACCAGGUUCAAAACUUCCUGGCGUGCUACCAGCUCGACAAUUUGUGAAUUGGUAUAAUGGACAUCCGGAUUACUAUGAAAAAGAUAAUCUAUUUGUACCUCCACCAUUAGACAAGAUCACCGAUGUUACUAUUAUCGGUAAUGGGAAUGUUGCCUUGGAUGUAGCUCGAGUUUUAUUAGCUGAUCCUGAAAAACAUUGGGCAUCCACUGAUAUUUCUGAAGAUGCGUUAAAGAUUUUAAAAACCAGUACGGUUAAAAAUGUGAAUAUAGUUGGUAGAAGAGGAUUAUUAGAAUCGGCAUUUUCUAAUAAGGAAAUCAGAGAAUUAUUUGAAUUAUCUAAAGAACAAAGUUUAAAAUUCACACCAUUGGAUGAAAGUUAUUUUAAAUCUAUCGAUGUUUCAAAAUUAGGUAGGGUGGAUAAACGUAAAGUUUCCAUCAUUGAAAAGUAUUCCAAAGUUUCUGAAACAGCUAGUGAUGAUGUGGAUAGAACUUGGUCAUUGCAAUAUUUAAAGAGUCCGGUUGAAUUCAUUACUAACCCUGACAAUCCAAACUUACUCUCAUCCACAAAAAUAGUCAUGAAUGAAUUAGUCAUAGAUGACUUGACUAAAUCAGUAAAGGUCAAACCUACUACUGAAACAGAAGUUAUUAAGAACGAAUUAGUAAUCUUAUCUAUUGGAUAUAAAGGUUCAGGUAUUCAAGGAUUCGAAGAUAUUGGUAUUUUAUACGAAAAUGGGAAAUUAUUCAAUAAAGAUGGUAGAAUAUUAUCCUCAGAAUCAAAGGGUAAGGAUGAUCAUUCAGUAAUAUAUAAGAAAGGAUGGUAUACAUCAGGUUGGAUUAAGAAUGGACCCAAGGGAGUCAUAGCUACUACUAUGAUGGAUUCAUUUGAUACAGCCGAUAGAAUAUUGACUGAUCUUUCCAAUGGCGUUUACUUGGAAGCCAAUUCUGAUAAUGAUAUCACAAACUUAUUGAAAGAUAAACGUAUAGUUACUUGGGGUGAUUGGAAAAAAUUAGACAAUUAUGAGUUAUCCACUGGUCAACAAAUGGGUAAACUGAGAUUCAAGUUAUGUAAUAGAGAGGAAAUGUUUGAAAAGAUAUAAAAAAAUCUUGUAAAUAGUUUUUGUAAA